GUCAAAACACAACAGUGAGUUGUCAAGUAAGCGAAGUUUAUCUAUUUUCAUCUUUCUCAUGGCCUGUAAGCCUUAGCUCCAUUGCAGAGAUGGAAGCUGCAGGAGGAGAGGAGGGUCCAGAUGUGGUGGGAGCAGCAGCUACAGAGGCAAGCUUCUCCGGGUUCACAAGAUCGAAUAUUUCCUCUGCCAAAGUGGAUGCCCAGCUACAAAAAGCGUCCAACUUAAAAACGGAGGGGAAUGCCUUUUACCGGGAAAGGAAUAUGCGGUCAGCCAUUGGUCGUUAUCACCGGUCACUGCUGGUCCUCCGAGGCCUGGACUCUGACGUGAUGACGGUAAUGAAAGGGUAUGGACCCGAGGCUCCUGUUCUUACUCCGGCACAAGAGGACUUGCUGAGGAAUACACAAGUGGACUGCUACAACAACUUAGCUGCUUGCUUGCUCCUGAAGGAGAAAGUUGACUACACUCGUGUCCAAGAGUACUGCCUGCGGGUGCUGCAGCGGCGGCCAGGUGACGUCAAGGCGUUGUACAGAGCGGGAGUCGCCACUCUGGAGCUCGGAGAUGCACAGACCGCUAAGCAAUAUCUCACCCAAGCCUCCAGGGGGCAGCCUCAAGAUGCCAACGUGAGGAAGCACCUGCAGAAGGCAGAGGAGAAGCUCAGCAGAGAGCUGCAGAAGGAGAGGGCCAUGUACCGAGGCAUGUUCUCCACCAGCGUGAAGAGCAGCGGCUCAGAAGAGAAACUCAACCAGAGUAACGGGGCUAGUGAAGCAGUUUAACCCCACAGCUGGACACGCCAACACACCUCGACCUCUGAGAGGGACGGUGCGCAGUCUCAGCCGACCGCAGUUGGACUGCGAGCGUCCCCAGGUCCCGUGUUACUCGAGUCUCCCUUAGAUAGUGCACAAGGAGAGCAUGGUGUGUGUGUGCAUGUGUGCGUGUGUCCAGAAAGGGAAGGAAAGAAGUGUACACUACGCUAAUUUGAGAGCCCUGGAAUACAGUCAACAUGAAAGUGAAGAUGGGACAGAAAGGGCACGUGGUGAAGAGGUAGUUCCCUAGCAACAGGGAAAUGAAGCUGAAUGUUUUUGUUCAAAUGAGUUCAAAAGAAAGGCUCUGGAUAUUUCUCAAACUGCAAUGUCCUGCUCUGCCUUCAUGACUGUGGUUCUCUGGUCAGCUCUGUGAAUGUCGUUCUUUCUUGUUUCACUCGUUUUACUUUGGUCAAAUAAAUAU